AUGGCCGACGAUUCCAAAUCUCCUUCUCCGGAAAAGCUCUCUCCCCUACCAGAGGGCGAGUCUCUUCUAUCCCAACCGAACUCUGAUGCCCAAGGCCAGCUCGCCGCAGCUGUGGACGAUCUACUCAAUGAACUUCAAAGCAAAUUCGACGCUGUCUCUACGGAGAUGUUUGGCAAACUGGAUGACAUGACCAAGCGCCUUGAUGAGCUAGAGGCGUCUCUAACUGCAGCUGCGGAGGCUGGAGCCACGAGUCCGACAAAAUAA